ACGAAGGCAUGAGAAAUUGACUUCACAUUCAUAUGUAUUAAGCGAUAUAUGAUCUGAAGUAUCCUAGAACGUGAAGCUGUUAAUCUUUUGUUUUAAUGUGACUGCGAUUGUCCAGCAGUUUUCGCGUCGCUGUCUCUGUCAAUGAAGUUCCGUGUAGUCACACAGUAAAGCAAAAGUAUCGUUUAAAAUGUCUUAUAAACCAGUAACACACGUGCUUUUUGAUAUGGACGGGUUAUUACUAGAUACAGAGAGGUUGUACACGGUUUCGUACCAGGAAGUUUGUGACAGGUUCAAUAAGCAGUACACCUGGGAAGUGAAGUCCUCUGUGAUGGGCAAGAAAGCUCUGGAUGCUGCCAGGAUCAUAAGAGACAAGAUCGAUCUCCCCAUGACCCCCGAAGAGCUCCUGGAUGAGACCAGACAAAUUCAGCAGCGAUUAUUUCCCACGGCCUCUCUCUUGCCAGGUGUAGAAAAGCUUAUCAAUCAUCUGCACAAGCAUGGAAUUCCAAUUGCUGUUGGCACAAGCUCAGCAGGUCUAACUUUCGAGAUCAAGACCAGCCGUCAUAAAGACUUCUUCAGCCUCUUCAGCCACAUUGUACUUGGAGAUGAUCCCGAAGUAAAGAAUGGCAAGCCACAUCCUGACAUUUUUGUUGUUUGUGCCCAGAGAUUCUCUCCCCCAGCCAACCCUGAACAGUGCCUGGUUUUUGAAGACGCUCCAAAUGGGGUAAAGGCGGGUCUGGCAGCUGGAAUGCAGGUGGUGAUGAUCCCAGAUGAUAACCUGGACCGCAGCCUCACCCAGGAGGCCACCUUGCUGCUUAGAAGCAUGGAAGAGUUCAAACCAGAACUUUUCGGUCUCCCAGCCUACCCAUAAGAGCAGCAAUCACAACAGCGAUUUAAAUUCCACUACGCUGUAUCUUGUCAUUUUUUUGAAAAAUGGAAUCAGGCUGCAGUGUAGCUCCUGCAAUCAAAAACAGGAGAAACUAAUCUCAACCAUUAUUUCUGUCAGCCGUGGAUUUGCUGUUCAGGGACACAACUGAAUGUUGAUUGUUUCAUUUUUGUUUAGCCAAUCACGACUCUCAAUCUCUUUUCUUUGACCACCCAAAUAAAACCGAGACAAAUUUUGA